GAGAGCAGUCAAAGCAGCCACAAGAGCCUCUGUAGAGACAACAUUUGAUGCCUUACCAGACAGUUCUCGAGCUUCCAUUAGAAGCACUUCUACAACAAGAUCAGCAGCAAGAUCAAGCGUCCGAUCUCCAGAUAGCCCUCCUCCUCGACCGCCUAAACCAGGUGUCAGAAGAAGUGCAAAAUCUAGUUAUGCUUCUUCGGACAUAGCAGAUGAUGAUCUGAAAAUGACACCUUCUGCUUCAGCUUUGGAGAGACUGGACAACUUGAUUAAGUCCUCAGCUUUUGAGAAAGGUUCAGGGGAGUGUUCUGUUGAUGGAAAUACAUCGGCUGAUGUCGACAGUAAUAUAAAUUUGAAAGAAGAAAGUGAGAAAGCCAUCAGUAAAAUAAAAAACUUGGACGAGUCAGUACCAGUUGCAGUAAAACGCAAGGAUGUGAACACCUUCCAGAACAACCAGCUCAAGUUUACAGGGGGCGCAUCAGCAAUACCACCAGAGAACAUGAAAUGUAAUAUCCUCAAAGCCAGACUGGAAGAAGACUAUAAGAAAGGUGCAGAAGAUGACAAAGAAUCUCAUGACAGUGAGCAUAGCAGCACUUGCGAAGCAGAGGUAAAAGGUGAUGAGAUCUUGCACGUGAACCUUUCCAUCACUGCUAACAGUGAUGUUGCUGAUGAAAAAGAUGUGAACCGUGACAGUUUUGUUUCUGAAGUGCCCCGGCCAAGAAAGGAACGCCAGUCCAAAAACUUGGAUCAUGCUAUGAACAAUGGAUAUGAUGGCCUCCCUCAGAAAACUAGUAGAACCAGCAUAGGAAAUGCCGACCCUAGCCGGUCCUCCAGAAACUCUUCCAAUCAGGAUGUCUCCCUGUCAGGAAGCAUUGACCGCAAGGUGGGCCAUGUCAACAACACAGGCGUUGUAAGCAAGAAAAGUUAUUCAACCGAUAUAGAUGAGCCAAUCAGGCCUGAGACUAGACCACCAUCUUCACGGAAAUCCCCAGCCCCUCUGCCUGGAUACAGCAGCAUGGAGAGGAAGGUUCCUCGUUCCGUGUCAUCCAGUCAUAAUGCAAGUUUUGAUGUUGCUGAGCUUAGGCAUCGGACUUCUAGCCAAAGCAGUGAUGUCUUCUUGCCGUCCUUACAAACCAGAACUGUAGACUUCUCACAGGAGACAAUUCCUUCAAGUGCAGCUACAACCUCCCCUCAUGAACCCCCUACACAGCCAUCUGCUCCAUCACCCCCACAGUUACGCAAGCCCAAGACUUUGCCCAAAAUGAAGGAUCCAGCAGAGAGCUCUGUGCCAGCACUUGAAGUUUCUAAGACCUUGUCUUUAACUAGACCAGCUCCUCCGCCAAGACCCAUUUCUCCAGGUCCAGUUCCAAAACCUCGUACUUCUGGCAUUGUGGAAAGCUUGGAGGUGGCAGCUGAUGCGCGGCCACAGUCAAGUGGUUCUCUGAGGGCUUCCACAAAUCCAUUUUUACCUGAACGACCCUCAAAGCCACCUCCACUGAGCUCAGCAAAGUCAAGUUCUCUGAGGUUGAAGGCAGAAACAAAGCAGCAAGAGAAGCAGCUGGAUGGCAUCUCUUUGGAUGAUGCUGAUGAUUCAAAGAAGAAACCAGUAAAUCCUUUCCAGUUAGAUGAUGAAAGUGAUGAAGGAACUGAAGUUUCAGUUAAUCCUUUUGGAGAGGAUGAAGAGGAUGAGGAACCCAAAUCAGCAGUGGACAAUGACAUCAGUAAGCAGAGUAUGCCACCAAAAGUUCCUGCACCAAGGUUCUACUCUUCUGGAGGGGUGUUACCUCCUGAACCAUCUGAGAAACCAAAGACUGGAACCACAGACCAGCCAUCCAAAGGAACACUUAGCUUAAAGAAGACUCGUCCGCCACCACCCCCUCCUUCCCCUGUUCCCAGCAAAGGAAAUACACAGGACAUCAGCCCAGAUAGAGGAGCAGCAUUGCCAAAGACUCCAGAACCAGUAACCAUUGUUGAAACUUCAUUUACGAGAACUGAACCAGUCACAAGGAAAGUGUCGACAUCGGCAGGUUCCAAGACGAGCUCAGCAAGUCAUGUGAUCACAGUUGAAAGGGCUAGGACAGACAGCACUUCAUCUUACCACAGCACCCGAAGCUCACACGUGUCACCCUGGUCGUCAUCUCAGAAGAAGGUGGAGAGGAAGGUGACUCUGAUGACUGAGCUGUGA